AUUCGGGGUGGCUUGGUCCCAGGCAGACCACUGCUGCCCUUCCACUUCCAGACAUUCUCGGCCGCCAGGUAAAAAGAGACAAACUUAGAGCGCGGGCCAUUGACCGGCUGGCAAGUCAGUGCCGAGCCCGUCGGGAGAUGGAGUCCCUGCGCUCGCACGAGGCCUGCUGGGAGUUGUAGGCUAGAUGGGCCCGGGGUGGAGUGUCACUCCCUGGAGCAUUGGCCUCAAUUAUUAAUAGCUAUCGGUGCGGCCCCUGCAGUAGGCUUUGUGUGUGUAUAUCUGUGUGUUGGCGGGACGUAUGGGGCUCUCGGGUCAGUGACUAUGUUGAGUCUGCGUUCCGCAUCAGCGGGCGCCAUUCCCGACUUCUGUCGUCUUGAAAUUGACCUGGAGAUUUGAAAAAAAGGGUCAAGGAACAUUUAAUACUGGUUAAUACUGGUUGUGCUCCACACGAUUCAAACUGAACCCAACAAAAAUGGGUCCUAGAACUGGAGACAUUCAGCAGCGAUAAAGAGUCAGUCUACUAACUCGAACAUGUUUGUUCUUGGCAAAACACUGUCCAUACACUGGGAGAGGGAGAGGAGAGAGAGCGUGCCAGCAAACAAGAGCCAUGAAACUACAGCUGGAAGGUACUCUGAUGGUGACCACAGCUCCUUCCUCCUCAGGGCCGUGGCCCAGCUGCGGUCUCAGCUCCGGGCCCACCGCCCUCGAGCCCCCCUGGCUCCCAGCCGGAGCCCCUCUGCCUGGUACUGGGUUGGGGGGGCCUUACUAGGCCCUCUGCUGCUGAGUAAACGUCCUUACCUCUGCCUUGUGGCACUGUGUGAGGCAGAAGAGGCCCCUCCUGCCCGCUCCAUACCCAGUAUUGCGGAGUCCCGCUUUAACUGGAAGCUCUUCUGGCAGUUUCUGCGCCCCCACCUUCUGGUCCUGGGGGUAGCCAUUGUGCUGGCCUUGGGUGCAGCUCUGGUGAACGUGCAGAUCCCCCUGCUCUUGGGACAGCUGGUAGAGAUCGUGGCCAAGUACACAAGGGACCAUGUGGGGAGUUUCAUGACUGAAUCCCGGAAUAUUAGUACCCACCUGCUCAUUCUCUACAGCAUCCAGGGACUGCUGACUUUCGGGUACCUUGUGCUGCUGUCCCACAUUGGCGAGCGCAUGGCUGUAGACAUGCGAAGGGCCCUCUUCAGCUCCCUGCUCCGGCAAGACAUUGCUUUCUUUGAUGCUAAAAAGACCGGGCAGCUGGUGAGCCGAUUGACAACUGAUGUGCAGGAGUUUAAGUCAUCCUUCAAGCUUGUCAUCUCCCAGGGACUGCGAAGCUGCACCCAAGUGACGGGCUGCCUGGUGUCCCUGUCAAUGCUGUCCCCACGCCUCACAUUGCUGCUGAUGGUGGCCACACCUGCCCUGAUGGGAGUUGGUACCCUGAUGGGCUCAGGUCUCCGAAAAUUGUCUCGCCAGUGUCAAGAGCAGAUUGCCAAGGCAACUGGUGUAGCAGAUGAGGCCCUGGGCAACGUCCGGACUGUGCGGGCCUUUGCCAUGGAGCAGCGGGAGGAGGAGCGCUACAGGGCAGAGCUGGAGGGGUGCCGCUACAAGGCAGAGGAGCUAGGCCGGGGCAUAGCCUUGUUCCAGGGGCUCUCCAACAUUGCCUUUAACUGCAUGGUCCUGGGCACCCUAUUUAUUGGGGGCUCCCUCGUGGCUGGACAGCAACUCACAGGGGGAGACCUCAUGUCCUUCCUGGUGGCCUCCCAGACAGUGCAGAGGUCCAUGGCUAAUCUGUCUGUCCUGUUUGGUCAGGUGGUGCGAGGGCUCAGCGCAGGCGCCCGGGUCUUCGAGUACAUGGCCUUGAGCCCCUGCAUCCCCCUGUCUGGGGGCUGCUGCAUCCCCAGGGAGCAUCUGCGAGGCUCUGUCACAUUUCAGAAUGUCUGCUUCAGUUACCCCUGCCGCCCUGGCUUCGAGGUGCUCAGAGACUUCACCCUGACGCUGCCCCCUGGCAAAGUCGUGGCCCUUGUGGGCCAAUCUGGGGGAGGAAAGACCACUGUGGCUUCCCUGCUGGAGCGCUUCUAUGACCCCACUGCGGGAGUGGUGACACUGGAUGGGCGGGACCUGCGUACCCUUGACCCCUCCUGGCUCCGUGGCCACGUCAUUGGCUUCAUCAGCCAGGAGCCAGUCCUGUUUGGAACGACCAUCAUGGAGAACAUCCGUUUUGGGAAACCAGAAGCCUCUGAUGAAGAGGUAUAUGCAGCUGCACAGGAAGCCAAUGCCCAUGAGUUUAUCACCAACUUUCCUGAGGGCUAUAACACCAUCGUUGGUGAGCGAGGUACCACCCUGUCUGGGGGCCAGAAGCAGCGCCUGGCCAUUGCCCGUGCUCUCAUCAAGCAGCCCACAGUGCUGAUCCUAGAUGAGGCCACAAGUGCACUGGAUGCCGAAUCUGAACGUGUUGUGCAGGAGGCCCUGGACCGGGCCAGUGCAGGCCGUACAGUAUUGGUCAUUGCCCACCGGCUCAGCACUGUCCGUGCAGCCCACUGCAUCGUUGUCAUGGCCAACGGCUGUGUCUGGGAGGCUGGGACACAUGACGAGCUCUUGAAGAAAGGUGGACUAUAUGCAGAGCUUAUCCGGAGACAGGCCCUGGAUGGACCACUGGCAGAGGCCACACCUCCCAAGAAGCUGGAAGGCCUCAGGGAGCACCAGCACAAGUCCUGAGGCAUCCUCUGAGAUCUCUGCGGAACAUCAGUGCCACAGCCAGGCUCAGCUGAGGACAGCUCACUAGGGACUGAGCCCCUAGGAGGGCCAGAGUGCUGUGUGAUGGCCGCCAUUGCUCUCUUGCUCACAAUAAACCCUGGGCUGGAAAUCUGGGAGCCCUUCUACCUGCUCCCUGGUCCUGCCUCCCUCCUACCAGGGUCACCAGGUUGCAUGUGGGCAGAGGCCAAGUUCCCAGUGCCCCUGCACUCUGCUCUCCCUCUGCCCAGACCAACCAGGCCCUUCUCAGAAUCCUGCUGCUGAAGCUCCUGCUCUAUCCAGCAGCCUCAAGUUGUCCAAGCCACAGCUCCAGGGAAUUUUAUUAAAUCAGCACCUGAAGUCCAGACCUAGGUUCUUCCCACCCUUGCUAGGAUCUCACUGCCCUAGACUGGAGACUGCCUCCCACACUCCCUGCUUCCCACUGCCCUCUUGGGGCCUGAGAGAAGGGACGUAUGCCUUGGCCCACUCUAGAGCCCACACUCCCCAUUCUCUAAACAACCUCCCUUCUUGCUCCAUUUACAUAGUCCUAAUUUCUAGAUUUCAUCUCCACACCCCAUUCCCAAGGGGACACAUGCCUAAUAGUGCCCAGCCCUUAGAUUAGGGUAGGAGGGGCACCUCACCUGCCCAGCUGUCUGCUGCUGGCCUGCUGAGAUUGUGCACUGGCCUCCCCUCUCAGUCCCUGAGAGCACCGAGCUCUGAAGGAGACAAGUGCACACCCAAAAUUCUCAGCUGCAGGGCCACAGUACUGACAAGUACAAAACCAGCAGGGAGCGCCCAGCACAGUGCUGCUGCCAGACCAGCCUCCCCAGAGUGCUCGGGAAGGUGCACCUUGAAAGGGAGGUGCAGACAGCCAGAAUGACAUGUGCAUGUAGUCCCAAAGCUGUGAACCAGGAAGGGCUGACCUCCAGUCAGCUUCUAAGGGGCCUAGAAAGACAUGCAAAGAGGGCCUUGUACUGAACUGCCACCCUAGGACUGAGGAGCAGCCAAAACCUCAUAUUCUUGUGCUGCUGCAGGUGCAUCAACCCUCUGUACCCACUCCAGGGCUGGUGGCCUCACCUUGGCACUGUUGUCACUUUCCAUUCUGCUGUCCAGUCUGUGGACCUUCACAGAGCCCUGCUCUCUAGGGGAGGGGAGUUGGCCCGUGCUGUACCUUCACUGCCAGCCAACCAUUUUGGAUUUAUCUGGCAGGAAAGAAGGGCAGUGUCAUCUUUCAGAGUGGGGGCACAGGAAAGACAGAGCAGACUGCUGCUUUAGGGAGGCCAGGCUGGAGGAGGUAGCAGCAGCUCAGGUGUGUGUGCAGGAGCCGGGGUGGGGCUCUUAGCCUCUGUGAGCACGGUUUGGGACCAGAUGCUACUUCUGGCACAAGCUACCCCAGAACUAUACCUGCCCCUUUAGAUACCCUGCUUCCUGAUCAAAGGUUGCUUUUCUAGGCAGGAGCUGGCUUCAGGUUGCUUUGCCACUAAACGCCUCCCUAGCAUGGUCCAGGGUGGGCCCCCCCAUGCCUGGCAAGUCCACAUUGCCCUCCACCACCCAGGUUGUUUGCCUACCCUCUCCCUUGUAGGACCUCACUGCUUAUCCACCAUCUGAGGACUGCCCAAGAUACCUUCUGACACCAGAUUCUGGGUGUUUGCUUACAUCUUCACAGUGGCUUCUUGGAGUCCAGCCUUCCAACCCCCCACCUACUAGGGAAGUGGUGAAGCCUCAUGACUGGUCAAGCUUGAAGAGCCAUGCUGUCUGCACUUGCUGUGACAGCACUUGGUGUGUGACCUCACCUCAGGCUCAGGCUCUACUGGUCUAUAGAGAUCACGUGCCUGGCUGUGCUUGAUCUUGAAAGCCUGGUUUUGUUUUGUUUUAUUUUUUAAUUAAAUCAUAGCUGUGUACAUUAAUGCAA